UAAAAUAACAGCAGUAUAAUAUAGUGCUCCAAACUAAAUUAAUAUGACUGAAACAUUGUCGUUACGUUCAGAUUUAAAUAUAUCUGAUUUCGAUAAUUCCCAAGUUAAUGAUAUGGAUACUCAUGAUCCUAAUAUCAAUCAUUAUAAUAUUAAUAUAGUAAUAUAUUCCAAUUUCUCCGACUUCGAAAGUUUCUCGAACCAAAGAAGCGUUAUUCUCAUUGCAUUGAUUUCUGCUUUACUGGGCCUUCUUACUCUAAUUACGGCAAUUGGGAAUAUUUUCGUUAUUGCCGCCAUCUUAACAGAUCGAGUACUUCGAACAGUUGGCAAUUACCUUAUUCUUUCACUAGCCGUAGCAGAUUUAAUGGUAGCCUGUCUGGUGAUGCCUAUGAGCGCUGUGUACGAGAUUAUGCAAGAAUGGCAGAUGGGUUCAAUACUGUGUGACAUAUGGACUUCUUGUGACGUGUUAUGUUGUACGGCGUCCAUUCUUCAUUUACUGACCAUUGCCGUUGACCGUUACAGAGCCGUUACCCACGUUGAUUAUGUACGACAAAGAAGCCCUAGAGAUAUUGGGAUUAUGAUCCUGCUUGCUUGGAUCGUUGCUAUAGCGAUAUCAGUGCCCCCUAUUUUUGGAUGGAAAGAUGACGGUUUCCAAGAAAGAAUUGAAAGAGAAAAGAAAUGUUUAAUCAGCCAAGACGUCGCUUAUCAAGUAUUUGCUACGUGCUCCUCCUUCUACUUACCCCUGGUAGUCAUACUCGCUCUCUACUGGAGGAUAUUUCAAGAGGCCCGCAGACGAAUUCGUCACAAACCAGGAACAAAGAUUUCCCUUCAAGUAAAAAAAUCACCUUCAAAAUGUCCAGAACCACCUAACAGUGAAGUUACAACGGAAACAACUAAUUUUUCGACCCCAUCCUGUUCAACCGAUUCGAAUGCCGUUAGCCACACUUCAACACCAGCAAAGAGUAAAAUGAAAAAAGAGAAGUUUUCCCACUUCGAAACCAUCCUGAAAAAAGACAAAAGACAGGCAAGGGACAUUGAAUCAAAACGUGAAAAAAAAGCUGCUAAGACACUUGCAAUAAUCACUGGCGUGUUUAUCGUCUGCUGGAUGCCCUUUUUCGUUUUGGCAUUUAUUAUGCCCAUCUGCAACAACUGUUAUUUGGAUGAAAGACUUUUUACAAUGUCUCAGUGGUUGGGUUACACAAAUUCAAUGCUGAACCCAAUCAUUUACACGAUUUUCAGUCCAGACUUUCGUCAAGCUUUCAAAAAAAUGCUCUGCGGCACUUCUCGAAAGCUUAGAACAAACUUAUAAUUAGUUUAUGGAAAAAAAUAAAAAAUAGCGUCAUUAUUUAAAUGUUUAUUGAUUAUUUUAUAUAAACUUGA